AUGGAUCCAUUAGUUGAAAGUUUACUAAAGUCUUCUUUGGAGGAGGACGAGGCGGAAAGGUCGCCAAAUGCUUCCGAUCUUUCUGACACAGAAGAAAGUUCCUCUAAAUCAGCCUCACAGGAGAAAGUGCCGGAGAGUCUGUUGCAUGGCGGGCGACAAACAGGCCCAAAAGGUGUCCUGGCAGAUCACGCAUAUCACAAACAGCAGGUUCAACAACAAAGAGCGGCUUCGAUAGCCGCAUACAAUGAACGCAUGCUAUCGAAAGCUUUAAUGACGACAACAUUUCGCGAAGACGAAAUGAUAAAGGCUCAGGAAGAGGAAUUGCUGAAAGAUUUAGAAAAUAUUAGUUCAGAUGAAGAAGAGAAGCAAGUGAUAAAAAAAUAUCGCGAGCAAAGAAUAAGAGAGAUCAAAGAGAAAGCCAUCACGAGGCCGAAUGGGUCCGGUAGUAGAAAAAGAUUUGGAUCCUUGAGAGAAAUAUCCUCGAGUCAGUAUGUAAAAAGCAUAGACGACGAAGCCCCCGACGUUUCGGUAAUCGUGCAUCUAUAUGAAAAU